AUGAUCUCGCUCAAUGCGCGUAUCAACGAAAGCAUGGAUGAGAUCUUCCUACUCACGGACAGGGUCAUCGAGGAACUGUUGUCCGAGACGCGUAAGUUCAUUGGCUGCAUCUACAAAAUAGCUGAGGCGGUGGCUCUUAUUGAUCUGGUAUGCAUCCUGACCAUGGUCUUCAAUUUGCUACGUAAGCUGAAUACCACUAUACGCCAGAUCUGUUCCUUCACGACCUACGUGACUGUGACUCCCUCCUGCGCGCUCUAUCGAAAGAACGACACCUUCAUCACGGAGGCAUCUAAUUUCCACGUCAUCACGGGUCCGAACAUGUCGGGGAAAUCGACGUACCUUCGUCAAGUGGCUCUUCUGACGAUCUUGGCUCACGUUGGGUGCUUUGUGCCGGCCACGUUUGCUUCGUUUCGGCUGGUGGACCGCCUGUUCACGCGCAUCGGGACCAGCGACUGCAUGGAAAGGAACUGCAGCACGUUCAUGGUGGAGAUGAAGGAGAUGGCCUUCAUCAUACAGAACGCUACCAACCACAGUUUGAUGAUCAUCGAUGAGCUAGGGCGUGGCUCCUCAUACUUGGACGGCGCGUCGAUCGCGUGGGCCAUCUGUGAAUAUCUCCUGUCCCUGCGAGCAUAUACCCUCUGUGCAACGCACUACAUGCAGCUGGCGGAUCUAGAAGCCAUCUACCCGAACGCAAAGAACUACCACCUCCAAGUCGAGCACGAUCGGAUGAAGCUACGUCCAACCUUCAUGUAUACGCUCAAGGAAGGCCCGACCGACCUCAAGUUCGGCCUGGUGCUGGCUGAAAUCGCCGGCUUUCCUCCCGACGCCGUCGCCGCCGCCAGGGAGAUCCACCGCAAGCUGCAACAGAGCGACACCGCCAAGAAGGAGAAGGAGGCGCAGCACCUGCGAGAGCUCAGUCAACUCGCGCAACGGCUUCUUAACCUCAAGACGUCGACCCUCUCUCCAGAGCUGUUGCGUCGUUACUUGACGAACCUGAAGGAGAAGUUCAUCGCCGCUCAACACGAAGAAUGA